CGAGACUUCAAGUCGGUUGGAUUUGGCAAUGCUUUCAUGUCGUAUCAAGGAAGAAUUUAAUGAUUUUCUCCUUGUAUCGUUUGCAUGCUGCUUUUUGAGCUCAUGUGGAACCGCGCUUCUGAGCAUAGCUUGGGACCCGGAACGCUCUUGCGAUGUCCGACAGUGAGAAGGUCCUGGCGAGUUUUCGCAAGUUUGAUGCGGAUUCGUCUGGUGCGAUCAGCCGAGAAGAGCUCGGAGAAGUGCUAAAGGCCUUGGAUGAGGGAGCAUGGAAUGAUGAGUCCAUUGAUGUUUUGCUCGCACAAGCCGAUGCCAGCGGCGAUGGCCAAUUGCAGUUCCAGGAGUUUCUGUCGUGGGUCUUUGCAGAAGACCAAAAGGGCCUUGGUGCUGCUACAGGAGACUUCACCUUGGUCAUUACAGGAUGCUCUCGCGAGUCAUUGAAUGGUGAGUAUGCGCAAGUCAAGGGAAAAGUCUGCGGUGGUCGACCGGUCUUUCGCUGUGCCGCAAACAACAAAAUUCUCUUCUACCGCCGCCAGGAAGAGAGGUGGCAAGUCUUCCACAAACCAGGAAAAUUCUCGAGUUGCCGCCUGCCCACCAAACGCGCGGCGCACAUGGCAGGCGAUGCCAAGUGGAUGGUGUGGCAGCCAGAGAAGAAGGCCUUCGAAGAGGAGAGUUCGAUGGAAUGCAAGAUCCUCAUUCCCGAUCGCAAAGAAGAGCUCGCAAAGGCACCAGAUAUCUUGCGACCCAGCAACACUGCACCUUAUGGCACCUUCACAAGAAGAGGCUGCUGGAUGGUGGAUCGACGUCCACUCUACUUUUGUGGCGAGGAUGAUACGUUCCUGAUCUAUUCAGAGAAGGUGCAGAAGUGGAAGAUUUGCAGGAUGGCCAAGGAAGACGACGGGACAAGUGAUGGUCCUGUCGUCGCUGACAGGGAGAACCUUGAGCGUGAAAACUUCGACUAUUCAUUGGACUACAUUCCGGGCUACAUGAAGAAUGGCAAACGUGCUAUCGACAACAUCAACACGGAAAAGCUAGAUUAUGAAUACAUCAGCCGAAUCGGCCUCGGCUAUUCUUUUCCACUUGGAUGGAGUGAGCAGACAACAUCCUACAGCCCGGCCAAGGCCACGUGGCACCACCCAGAGGAAGAUUAUGUGAUCACAUGGGAAGCAGUUGAUCCUACACCGAGCCCAGACCCAGAGGCAGGCUGGAUUGAUCCAGCCUUUCCUCAUGACUCCUUUAGCCUGGGUGAUCCAGCCAAAGUGAAGUUUAAAAGGUCGGCCUGGGUGAGAGCCAUUCACUUGUGUAAAGACCCUGUCCUUUUCGGGGAUUUGGAACCAGCAGAUGCCAUUCAGGGCGCAAUGGGUAACUGCGGCAUGGUCGCAGCGCUGGCCGCGCUGGCGGAAUUUCCUGAGUACCUCAGCUCGCUCUUCAACACAAAGGAACUUUCGGCGGAUGGCAAGUAUGAGAUCCGCAUGUUCCUGCCCUUGGGUUUUGAACACAUCAAGACGGAGAAAGCCUGGGGAACCAUUGAGGUUGAUGACUAUUUGCCGUGCGUUCCACCGCCCAAAGAGGGUGUACUUUCAGGUGCAAGGCCGUUCUUUAUGGGUCUGGCGAACGGAAACAAGCUCUACAUGGUUUUGCUGGAAAAGUGCUUUGCCAAAGCAUCAGGCAGCUAUCAAGCUUUGUAUGGUUUCGAUUCCAGGACUGUUUGGAAGGCUUUGACUGGCUGUGAAGAUACUUUUUGCUACACUGAUGUUUGGACAAGCAAACGAGGGAAAGAUUAUUACAAUCAGCCGGAGUGGCAGGUCACUGCAGCAGAAGUUAUGGUUUCAGAAGAGUAUGGUGGUCAGAGCAAGGGGCGCUUGAUGCAAGGAGCCACCUUUAAGGAGGUGGAAAGGAGACGUUAUCAUGUGAAGUUCCAAAAGCUUGAAGGUGAAGGUCCUGAAGAGGGCUGGCUGCCUUACUUCGUAUCAGGGAAGCGCACUGCCAAGCGCACGUCCAAACGUUGGUGGCUGCACUACGUUGACGGCUAUCCCGAAAUGGAUGAUAUGUUCGAGAAGCUUGUGGAGCUGGACCGGGCGAACUAUGUGAUGUGCACUGGCCCCAGGAGGCGUGCAGGGAUGCGUGAGGAUGGCCUCGUGUUCCCUCACGCCUACAGCGUUCUACACGCUGUGCAUGUGAAAGGCUUGAAGAUGGUUUGUUUGCGGAAUCCUUGGGGACAUGGAGAAUGGAGAGGUCCCUGGGGGGAUCAAGGCGAGGAAUGGAAGUUGUACCCAGACGUGGCGGAAGCUUUGAAGUUCGAUGAGAAAGACAAUGGUACUUUUUGGAUGGAGUGGGAAGACUUCGAAUGGAACUGCGGAGGAGUCGACGGCUUGUCCUUUUCGAUUCCUGCAGAGAAAUCUUCCAAAGUUGAAGUUUGAAGAAGAGAGUCUUCCCCGACAGAACUCUUGAGAGUCUCUCAAAAGCCUUUGAGACUUUGAGAUCACUUGUUUCCCCGAAGUCAGAACAUCAGAUAUCGAAGAUAUUGACACUAGACAACGCACUUGCUUGACAACCGCAUUGCCAAAGGGCAGAGGCGCUCAAAAAGAUUGUCCUUUGAAUAGACAGCUUGUUAUAGGAGACCAAUAAGGACAAUAGCCAACAAUGUGACAUGGCCAACCAAUGUGACCACCACAGUGUGAGGCCAAUGCGGGGAGCUUCGCAUGAUGAAGCCAUGACUUCGGACUCCACAGAUAUCAAGCACGUGGGUGGCACUGCUACCAUUGUUGUGAAGGUGAUGGCAUAGGUGCCCGUGCACCGGAGGCCGCGGUGGCAAGGGUGAGCAAAAACAGCCCCUCUAUGAGGUUCUUAAAGGCCACAAGAAAGCUGAAGAAGCGAUUGUCAAGCAGAUGCGCAGCCAAGGAUCCGCAGCGAUCAACUCGCAUGAGCUCAGAACGGGCGAGACCAUUCUGCCCAUCUACCAUUUGUUCCUUGACACUACGAAUUACUGCAACACAGGUCAGGGUUUCAACAAAUGAGUGAUGAGCAGAAUUGGGAUGCCUUGGGCAAAGCCUUGAAAAAGCAGUUUGAGAAAGACUUCGGCGCAGGCCAGAAUCAGCAGAAACCUCAGGCACCGCGCCUUUUUCUCUCGGAAUGGAAGCCAACUUCCCGUGAGAAGCUAGGUAAACAUUCUAUUGCUUUUAGGCCGUCGCAGGCCGUCGCUAGGAGGUGCAGAUACUGCUAGUAGGUGAACAUGUUAUUGGGCGGGCGAAAAUGUGACGGCAGAUUCCAAGUGCUUGUGA